GUAGCUGAUAGCAGUUUGAGUAGAAUUCAUUUCUUGUGGUGCAGGAUUUCCAAGUAUCUUGUUAAACAUGAAGUUUUUGAAACCUCCAACACCAUCUGAGUGGUAAAAUGACUUAUUUUCUCCACAGAGAUUGUCAUAACAAGCGUGGAUCUUAUUAUGCUGCCCAGCAAUGUAGUUCAAAGAGGUACAAAAGUAUCACUGAAAUGCCAGCCAGAAGUCAGCAGCAGCCAAGGGUCUCACCUCAAUUAUGAAUACAUAUUCUUCAAAGAUUAUGUCCCUUUAAAUACUGACCAGAUGAAUGCUACGGAUAGCCUCUACUCUAUACCAGAUGCCAGAGUGAGCCACUCUGGGAAAUACAAAUGUGCUGUUGUCAUUAAGAAGGAAAGGAAGGAGAGCCCUGUCAAAGACCUGAAAGUGAAAGGUCUUCUGACACCAGUCCUAAAUGUGGAUAAACUGACACUGACAGAAGGAGAUGAUGUUACUGCUGUCUGUACAGCGGAGGGAGAAACAGGUUUUUUGACAUUUUUCUUUAGAGAUGGGCCUGAGGAACUCUACUGGAAGGAAACUUCUAGUCAGAAAGUUGAGCACAACCUGACCGUUACUAAGAGACAUGAGAAUAUGUUUUGCUACUAUACCGUUAAGCUGAGUGACUCAUUAGAAACGUCUAACAACAGUAAUGUGAUUAGUGUUGACUUUCAAGAGCUGAAGAUAAAACCUGAUAUCAAAGUCAUGCCAUCAACAGAUGUUAUUGAAGGAGAUCUCAUAACCUUCAGCUGCAGUGUGAAUAUGACUCACCAGAGAAAUUCAGAACUCAGAAUCCAUUUAAUCCAUAAAAGCACCAUGCUUAGUUCGAACAUGACACAGGAAGAUUACAAAAUGUUUCCUAUGGCUAAUGGCUCUGGAAAAUAUGAGUGCAUUUCAAAACUUGGUGAUGUUCUAAAACCUUCCUCUGUGUACAUCACUGUAAAAGAGCUUUUCUCUGUGCCUGUCCUGAGUAUUCAUCCCGAUGAGGUUUUUGAAGGAGAAAACUUCACCAUUAGCUGUAACAUCAGCAGCUUUGCCUCAGAGAAAAUUCAAAGGGAGGAUAUAACGUAUUCAAUAUUUAGAGACAAAACAAGUGUGAUAAAUAAUAACAAAUACAGUGGCAUUGCAGGCAAAGUGACCAAUGGGAAAUACAUGUGUAUGGCCAAGGCCAAUGAGAUUACAAAGGAGAGCCAGGGGGUGCUGUUUGGAGCAAAAGUGCUCGUUUCAAAGCCUGAGAUCACAACUUCUGGUCUAGUUAUCGUGGAUAAGCCAUUUUUGAUCCAUUGCCACUCUAAGAAUGGAAGUCUGCCAAUUAUCUACUCGCUGAAGAGAAACAACAUCACUCUGAACAGGACCGAGGUGUCUGACCCUCAUGAGAAGGCUCAGUUCUUAGCCUUGAUAUCGACUCCUUCAGACAUUAGUAGUUACUUGUGUGCAGCAGAGAAUAAUGGUCGAGUCUCAAUCAAGAUGAGUGAAAGGCUACAUGUGACUGUAAUAGUUCCAGUAGGGAAGCCCUUAAUGACAGUCGUUCCAGUUCCCGGAAACAUUGAGGAGGGUGAUAAUAUUACCCUGAUAUGUGGCAUUCCAAAAGGCUCUCCACCAAUCAGUUUUAGGUUUUAUGCCAGCAAUCACACACCAAUUCACAACACCACAGUUCAGAGUAAUUCAUCCUCAUUUGUCCUGAGUACAGUGAACAGAGAAAACAGUGGAAAUUACUACUGCGAUGCAUCUAACAAUGCAGGCAUGUCAAGAAUGAGUAACAUUGUCACAGUCGAAGUGAGCCUGGCAAAGUGGAAAAAGGCUUUGAUUGCUGUGUUCUUCAUGCUGUUAAUGGUGCUGCUGGUCCUUUUCAUCAUGAUACGCUACAAGGCCAAGCGAGGUAAAAGAGAGAUGGCUGCCAAACUAUCAGUAAAGCCUGCAAGUCCUAAAUCAGAUGACUCUCUAACCCUGAGUCUCACCCAUGACACCCAUUAUAGCGCACACACAGUGGAGGUGAAUAACAAAGAGAGUGUUUGGAGCGAAAGACCUCCAGAUCAGGACAGCCUAGAGUCACCAAAUGAAGGUGACGUAGAAUACACAGAGGUGGUUCAUCCUCAACCUGAAGAUCCUACACGAAUUCCUCUGAGAAAAGGCACAGAUACUGUAUACAGUGAGCUUCAGACCUCUCAAGGGGAUCCUGAGCACAUCAACCAUUUUCUGCAUCAGUUUUGGUGUUUCCGCCCGGUUCGGUCCUGUUCGACCCGGUUCGGGUUCUUUGGAAGAUGCACUGCAAGGAUUAAAAGAGAGGUGAGUAGAAAAACCCUCUGUCUCUGCUGUUUUUCGAAUUGUUGAGCCUUGAAGCUAUCUGCUGUAAUGAGGAUGUGAUAUUUCAAUAAUUUUGGACUGCAGCCAAAGAAAUAAUCACGAAUCCGGGACCCCGAUGAGUUUAAUUACUGAAUAUUCAUUGAUUGGUGUUGAUAUUGAAUUAUCAACUGAAAUAUUCAGAAUACGGGGAGAAAAGUGAGGGAGCUCUCUAUUGCGAGGAUGACAAUUAUUGUUGUUUGAUAUCAAUAUAUUCUACCGUUUGUUUCCCCGUUUAGGCUAAUCCUCGGGUGAGACUGUGUUUUGGGUAGAAUUAUUGAAAGUCUGAGAAGUCAACUCGUGUUUGGGUAGAAGCUUCUAAAAAGGGCUCUGCAAUUACGAUAACAGGAAAAGACUGGCCUUGCUGAAUUACUGAAUUGAGAUCCAUUGGCAAAUAAUAUAGCAAUUUUUAAAUUUAAAUCCAAGAGAAAUUGAAAUUGUCUAAAUCCAGAAAGCAGAAAUUUAAAGUGUGCAAAUUUGUAGAAAUUAUUGUAUGAAAAGAAGAAAGAAAAAUUAUUAACAUUGUCUACAACCACAAGUAUUUUGAGUGUUUUUUCUAAUAGAUGAAGUUAUAUUCGGUCAUGACUUAUUCUUUUGUGUAUUGAAGUCCUUGCAAGGCACUAAAAUCCUAAAAUGUUAAAUAACUUUUAAAAUGUCCUACAUAACUCGAUCUUGUCAGAGUGGGUGUCAAAGCAGACCAGCAUAUCAGUAAUUAUUCUUGUAUGUGGAUGUCCAUCUUAUAAAGGAGAUUGGAUUGUAAAUAGGCUUAAAAAAAAAAAAAAAAAAAAAAAAAAAAAAAUCAAUUAAUGGCUAUUUGCCACUAUUUCCUCCAAGUCACUUUGAUGAGGUGAAGUUAGUUUCGAGUUCCUGCUCUGUUCUGUCCCAGCUGUGUUAGAUCGAGUGUGCUGCUAUCUUUUAUUGUGCUCAAAAUCUUAGUGAUAUGAUAUGUACAAUUGUACUUCUAUAAUUCUGCUGAUUAGUUUUGUUUUGUUAUUAUUAUUUUAUGCAUUGUCUCAGAUAGGUUUAAAGUUAAAUAAAAAUACUAUAUAUAUAUAUAAUGUGGAGCUACUUAAAAGAGAAAUUAAUAAACAGUACAAUAUUAACUGAAUGAAGCAAAAAUAUAGGUUUAAUAUGUUCUGUUAUCAGUGAUCUGAAGAUGUCUGAAAUAUGUAUUCAUAAUCCCUGGUGGACACCUUGAAAUUGUAUCUAUUGUAGAGAUUUUUAGUAAGUGUUAAUGGAAAUAACUUUUGCAUUGUGUUGAAUGAGAACGAGAUUGAGUGACUAAGUUAAAAUUAAAUUGAUUUAGGUAAAGAAAGAAAAGUUUCAUUUUGUUUUGUUUUGUUUGAUUUUGUGAGUAUUAUUAUUUAUAUGUUCAGAUAAUUAGAAAUAUAGUUUAGUUUGCUCUUUUCUGCAUUUUGCAAAGAAGAAAUUGCUUGCUCUAUUUUCUGCAAAGAAGAACUUGCUUUAUUAAAAAUAAUGUCUAGAACUGCUGUUAUCAAUUGGAUGAGACUCUUAAAAUAAGUAAAAGCUGAGCAGAUUGCUCAUUUUCGGUUGUGAUGACAAUUUGUAUGGGGUCAAUUUGAUUUAUGCCAUUCUCUGAGUGUUCAAUUUGCAGAAGAAGAUGUCCCAACACAAACAAGAGUGAAUGGACUGUGCAUGCCAGUGGGGGAAAAGAGACUCAAAGACCCAGGCUGCAAAGAAAUACGGGCACUCGUUGAUGGGCCUUCAGCUCACCCCUGAUUCCAGCUAACCCCUGAAAGAGGAAGGUGAAACUUCUGGGGGCUGACGACGAAAAGACUGAGUUCAUGCAGAAACAACACAUCCUGCCAUGAUGCAGAGAGAGAAAGACGGCUGCAUUCAGAGUCAACCUCAUGUUCCACCUGGUCCUCAUGACAGACUGAGAGACCCAACGUACUGGAUGAAGAAGGACACUAAAACUGCCAAGCAGGCUCAACUGACUACCUGACCCUACGAGUGGGGGACUUCCCUCUCUUCCUCGUGUGUGUGUGCAGGUACUGCCUCUACUGUGAUCACUGCAGAGAAUGCCUCAGAAUUAGACUUGUCAUCACAACUUACAAACUGAUAAUAGUCUCAUAGCAGCUCUUUAUUUUGUUAACCUCCUGCACUUUUCUGUCGAUAUGCACCAGUCCAACCCUUUAUGAAAUGGAAGUUAAGUGUUGGCUUGACUGAUGUUCAGUUAAACUGGGUUUGGACUUAAUUAGAGAAUGUUGUGCAAUGAAGAGAGUUUAGAGACUGCUCUCAGGACAGACAUGUGUGUUACAUAGUUCUCUUAAAUAGAAUAUGGAUGGUAGAGAUAUGAUAUUAGUCACUCCAUCUUGGCUAAUAGAUAUUUAUUCUUUAUUAAAAAAAAAAAUUUCAAACCUUUAAAAUCAAUAUAUAUUUCAUCGCAAAUGCUGUCAUCAGAGAUUAUGAUUAUGGUUAAUCAUGGAUCCAAAAUUAUGAGAUCUCCAGUUUAUUUUUUAUUAUUAGAACAGCUCAUGAGCAACUGUAGAAAGGAUACUUUUUUUUUCAUAGAUGAAUAAUAAAAUAUAUUUACGAAAUUAAUUUUCUUAGUCGUGGCAUGCCUAGGCUUGAAAAAAAAAUUAUUUAAAACUGGUGUUUGUUUUUGCGGUGUUAAAAUCAAUUCUAUUGCGACUGGCGUCGUUUGACUAAAUCAUUUAAAAAAAAAAAAAAAAAACCUAGACACUGUUGCGCGGGGAAUGCCACAGUGCCUAUGUUUCAUCAUUUCCAACGUCGUCCAAAGAGUUUUAUUCAAUUGGACUUGGUGGUAUUCCACCCUUAACAAUAUCUAUUCCCCAUUAAAAAAAAAAAAUAAUUAUACUCUGGCCAGAGACAUAAAAAUAUGUGUGUGUGUGUGUGUGUGUGUGUGUGAGUGAGGGUGCACCAUGGUGAAGAAAAAUGCCAUAAACAGCUGUAUUCAAAUUUUCUGAGAUUCACAUUAUAUGAAUUAUGCCUAAUGAAAUAAUGGUCAUGGAUGAAUUUGGCUAAUAAUCCUGACCUGGGUUAUUGUGGCAGAAUGAAACAAUGCCACACCUGCGCAGGGGGAACAUUUCUUGGGAAAGCAGAACAAGCAAUCUUGUCCUGUUUACCCCACAUCUAACUUUCCUUUUCUUUCCAGCAUGUCAUGAUGGAUUCCACUGAAUGAACUGAUUCUGUUCUGAAUGUAUAAUGUAUUGUUUUGUGAUUGUUGAAGUGUUGAGAGUUAUCCAGGUAGAGGAAUUUAUAUUACUGGGUAAAAAUAAGAAAUUAUUCACUUAUUUAAUCAACAAGUGAAAUAUUAUAACAAUUAAAUUAAAUCAUGUAUGAUAUUGCCAGAUAGAGGAAUAUCAUGGUCUGAACAGCCCUGGAUAACCCUCACACCAAAUGAAUUUUCACAGGUUUUGAUACCCCAAGGAGGACUGGACAGGGUGAUGUGUAAAUAUAUGUUGUCUCUAACAAAAACAUUUCAGGGUCUUCAUUCACAGGUCAAAGCUGUGCUGUUGAUUGCUGAAAUUCAUCCUAAUCCGAGUGCUAAUGUAUUGUUAAUCAUGUGAAAAACGACAAUAUUGUUGUCUUGUGUGGUUGUUGUUUUUUUUUUUUUUUUCCUUGUGUGCGUUAUAUCUUCUCCAUGUCUAGGUUCAGUACGAGUAGAUGUAAUCAGGAGAGUAUGUGUGGUAUAUUCAUCGAACAAGUUCUUUUUCCUGUGGGACGCCUGAUUGUGACCACUGGAAAGGAAGUGUCCGUUAGGAGAGUCAACGAAGAGAAUGAGUAAACUCAACUGGUGGCUUAAAAGCCCAAUGUUUGCUCCAACUCAUCAAGAGUGAACCAAGGAAGGAUCGACGAGCACCCCAGUGCUUAGCAACACAAGGGGAAGUCCCCAGAAAGACUGAAACUGAUUACAUCAUCCUACUGCGGCAGCACAGAAUGGAGAGAUUGAGACUUUGAAGGAUUGAGUUGUUUAGGGUUAUCAAAUGAUAUAUAGUUGUUUAAUUUGUCUAUUUGUGUGAUACAUCUGAUGUUAUGUAAUUGUUCUUAGUUUUUAUUUGGGUCUAGUUGAUAUUGAAUUCACAAUUUAUCAUGGCAAAUUAAUUUGAUUCUUUACUAAAACUGGCUAACAAUUUAAGACUAAUGGAAGAAAUUUUAUCCGCCUGAUAGUUGCGGUAAGUCCUCAACCCAGCAAAAGUCCAGGGGACGUUCGGGGUCGGGUUUUUCUAGUAGCCCUCGUCGGACCAGCCUAGUGAAGGCUUCCAGUCAAUAUUUUAUGCAGUUAGCUGGGGUUAGAGAGGUACCCGCAGCUUCAUUUAGAGGUGAUGCUUUUAUAUUCAAUUUAUUCGGUAUCCAUUUCAUAUCUUUUGACAAUUUUGUAAUGAGUCUCUCAAGACUCAAGUGGGGGACUGAUGGAUCCGAAAUGGUCAAUAUUCAUAUUCAUGCAUUUUUAUUAAUAUUCAUUUUUUUAAUCAUUUAUGGCUUAGGAUUUAUCAGUUUUACUUUUGCUUUCAUUUAUUUUUGUACUAAUACUU